UCAAGGAUGGAACACGCUUACUCUUUGGCUGGACUCCUUCUGCUCAUCAUCAUCCAAAGCAGUUGGCAGGUGCCGGACCAACAUACAAACGCGAUCGAGAACUCCUUUUCAAGUGAACCUCUCGAGCUUUCCAGCAUGAAGCGACAUUCAGAGGGAACGUUUUCCAACGACUACAGUAAAUACCUGGAAACGAGAAGAGCGCAAGACUUUGUUCAGUGGCUCAAGAACUCAAAACGAAACGGAAGUGUAAUUCGGCGCCAUGCGGACGGCACCUACACCAGCGACAUGAGUGCCUACCUUCAGGACCAGGCAGCCAAGGAGUUUGUGAGCUGGCUCAAGGCCGGGCGAGGCAGACGGCAGUAG